UUGCUCAAACAUGUUCAAGGUUGCGUCAGCACAGCGAAUCCUGCGAAUCCUGCGAGUUUCUGGUUAGAAUUCGCAGACAACAAACACGCAAAACAGAAAAUGUAAUUUGUUGCGUUUAAAAAUGGGCCAACAAUCGAGCAACAUCCACGACAUUGUUGAUUCGAUAAAAACGAUAUGCUCCGAUGUACAUGCAUCGUCCUCGAUCGCCGACGAGUUUUUAACGAUUACUUAUGACGAAUUCAAAGAGAAACUGAAAGAUUUCAAUAAACUGUCCAAUCAAUGUUUAGACUCAACAGGCAACAAAUUACUCUUUAUUAUUAAGAAAGGCACAGAAGAACAUCUUUUCUGGAAGGUCACCAUCCGCAUAGCUUGUGUUAAAGUUGAUCCAAAGACUCAAAAAAUCCACUCAUUUAAACUAAUUGACCUUAGAAAGUUUCUACAGAUCUACAGGACACUAAAAGUCCAGAAAGAAAUUGCUGAUGAAAGCAAACAGCAUGACUUAACUGUUUCAACAAUUUACAAUAACUUGGAAGAGAUUGCAGGCAGAUCUGAUGAAGAUGUGGAAUCUGCUACAGAAUGUUGUAUUUGCCUGGAAAGAAAACCUGACAUUUCUCUGCCAUGUGCACAUACAUAUUGUGUGCAAUGUAUUGAAGAAUGGAAUGAAGACCACGACACGUGUCCAAUAUGCAGGGAACAUUUGGAUGGUAAGGACGACGCCUGGGUUCUAUCUGAAGUGCCAAAAGCAGAGGAAAUUAGUGAAGACAUAAAAUCACUACUACUCGAGCUAACAGAAGACAGUCCCGGUUAAAACUCACUUCAGAAAUGAAGAAAAACAAGCAACCGGAUAGCACACUAUUAAUUUUACGGUAGUUAUGAUAGCAACAAUUUAUUUUUGAAACGUUUUAAAUGUCUAUUUGUUAUUUGUUAACGACAUUGAUGUUGCGAUGGCCACAAAAACGCAGAAAUUGAAUCAAUGCGUUUAAUUCUCGACGUUCUCUUAUAUUUUAAAGUACAAAAUGUAUGAAUUUACAUCUGCGCAUCACCCUGUAGCUUUAAAACUGUUAAAUUUACUUGUUACCCAAUGAUUUGCGUGUUACAAACGUUAACAAAUACAUAAUUUAACCCUU